AUGUUCGAGCUGAGGCUCAGCGAUCCUGUCAUGGCCGUCAUUGAAUACCCGGAUGUUGCCAGAGUCACCAUUCUGGAUCCGGAAGAUGAGUCGCAGAUAUUCUUUUCAGACAGUGAGUACCGCGUUUCUGAGGACAUUGGGGAAAUUCUGAUCCCCAUUAAAAGGAUCGGGGACGUUUCCGAUGAGACCAUGGUGAUUUGCUCCACAGUGCAAGGUAGGUGGUGA